UAAUAUUAUUGUGAUAAUAUGGCAACUAAAUGCUCAGGCUUUGCAACAUUAGUGCUUAUUGCAAGCAUCUUAGUAUUAGAAAUUUCUGCUCAAAUUGAAUGUGGUGGUGACUUGACUGGGAUUAUAACCCAAUGUAAGAGCUUUGUUAAAAAGGAUGGGCCUAAAAUUCCACCAUCAAAACCUUGUUGUGAAGCAUUAAAAGGUGCUAAUGUCCCAUGUUAUUGCAAAUAUGUGACUCCAAGUAUUGAGAAUAUGAUCAGCAUAGAAAAAGCUUUGUAUGUAGCUAAAACUUGCCAACUCCAAAAUAUUCCUACAGACAAGUGUGGAAGUUAUAUUAUUCCUCAUCCUGCUCCUCCAAAGGCUUGAUAACAACAUUGACUUGGGCUUAUGCAACUUGUAUUAGCUUGAUAUUAUUAUAUAUAUGAAUAAAAAAAAAGCAUGAAUUUUUUUCAAUUAUUUAUUUAUGUUUUCUCUUCCUUUGAUUAUAUAUGUAUAUAGAGAGCGUU